AUCCCUUUCCUUCUUUAGAUCUCUCAUGGAUAAACCAUAAAAGAGUUAACUAGCCAUGGAGGAGAAAUAUGCAGAAUACCUUGUCUCUCUUUCUAAAAAAAUGCUAUUUGAAUAUGGACAAGCAGCUGAUCACCAUGAAUUAAAGAAUGUGGAAGAUACUGUUUUGGUUCACUUACAUGCGCUGUAUUUAAAGGAUGUAGGAUACUUGCAGUACUGUGGUUCACUUAAAAUAUGUAUCUUGUCUGGUAAUUUCCUUUCAAAUAUUGAUGCACUUGAAUCUUGUACUCAUUUAAUUAAGCUGGAUCUCCAUAGCAAUCAGAUGGAAGACCUUCCAGGUCCUGUAUUUUGGGGAAACAUGAAGAACCUACAUCUUCUUUAUCUUCAUGAUAAUAUGAUUUCAAACUUUGAAAAUGUGCACUCGUUAUCUUUCUGCCCUAAUCUGAUUGCCCUCACCUUGUUCAAUACUCCUGUGAGCUUAAAAAUAGCCUAUAGGCACAUUGUCGUUAACAACAUUAUUUCACUCAAAUCAUUGGACUACUAUGUCAUUUCUGAUGAGGAAAUAAUAGAAUCCUGGAGACUCCCUGAAAAAUACAAACCUUUUACCCAUAAUUUUUUUGUUGAUAUUUGCCCUCUUCCUGGAAAGAAAACUACGUUUCAGGAAGAAAUGAAAACGGUAAGAGAGAUAGUUUCCAAGAUCAAUCACAUUCUGUCUCAUUAUUCUCCAAUCCUGAUUAUUCAGAAAUGGGUAAGAGGACAUUUACUUAGAAAAAGAUUGUGCCUGGUUCCCUUGUGUGAAGCGUUGCUACACAAACGUUACAUCAAAGCUGGAAAAAAGGAAAUUUACAUUCAAGUCACACCUUCAGUAUAUGAUAGUAAAAGGUCUAUGCAUCACAUCAUUAAGCCUGCACAGCAUAGUGAGGUUGAAAAGCUUACAUCUGGGAUCCAAGUUUCAAAUGUGAAAGAUCUUAAGGAGCUUCAUUUAUAUCUGAAAGGAUUAAGACAACCUGUUCUUUCAGCAAUACUCAGAUUUGAAGAGAAAAAAAAGAUAAAACAAAAGGAAUCAAAAAGGUUACCAAAGAUAGAUCUCCUGGAUUGGAAACAAAUUAAAACAAAAGAUGAAAAUGCGACGGCAAGUCAGUUUAGGCUUUCAGUAACUAGAAUGCCUUUCUAUUCCAAGACUGUUGAACUGCAAAAUUAUCGAGAGAGAGAGAAAUACAUUUUUGAUGAUGUGUAUGACUUGCAUUUUUUAAAGAAACCUCUUCCAGAAAUUAAGCCCAUGCAUGAUCCAGGUUCCAUUGAGAAGAGGGCCUUUGCUAGAGCAUAUGGAUCUAUAAGACUUCGCCCAUUGUGUGCUAUUGAUAAAGCAUACUUGGAAAAUCAGAAAUUGGACAUUUCACUUAGAAAAGAGCGAGAAGUUAUGCAAAUGCAGAUUUCUCAAAAUGCAGCAAAAGAAUACACUUGUCAGUUAACUGACAAAAGAAUGGAGUAUCUUCAGAGGAAAUACGAACAGGAAAAGUUUGUAGUUCGUGAUUUUUUGAAAGAGUGCCAGGAGGACAGAGCAACAUUAAUUAGAAAAAUCAGACGAAAGUAUGUUAAAUUUUUAGAAAGCAAAGAGGCAAAGACAGUAGAACGUACAUUUAUUCAGGGCUUCAGUGCUCAGCAUACGUCUUUGACAAAGGGCUUAUUGAGACUUGAUGGCUGGAGGAGUCGCCAAGAAUCUAUAGAUAAAAAAGGCAUUAUUGUUAAAAGCAUUGUAGAAGAACAUAAACAGUGGAAAGACAUAUUUAAACAUUUUCAAGAACAGAGGCAAAACAUGCUACAAAUGCAAGGUAAUGCUGAAAAAAUGUUUAGAAAAUAUGUGGUUGAUGAAAAGUCUAAGGAGACAUUCAAGCAAGCCAAGGCAAAAGUUGCAACUGUGAAGAAGCCUAGAGAGAAAAUAAUGUGCAGCUUGCCAAUAAUUGGCAGUUCUGGCAGUGCAGUCCCUAUAGAAGAGAUUGACGGUUAAACUGGUAAUGUAUAAUUUGUGAAGUGUACAUAAACCCAACUGUGAUGUAUUAUUUGAAUGCUAAUGAUAAAAACUUUAUUGUUUUUAAUUUUAUAAUCUGAUUCUGUUAGCAUUGAUUUUGUAAUAUACCUCCAGGGAUGGGGAAGAAUGGAUACAAUCGAAUAAAUUGAAACAUUUCAGUACUUACAUGGGUAUAAAGAAGAAAACAAAAUUAGUCAGUGUUCUUAUUGUUAGCAAAUGUUGACUUUUAAGCAGUGAACAUUUCUAAGAAUAGAUACAAUUACCUCUCUUGUUAACUUUAAAAUUAAAUUAUUCGAUGCCAUAUAAAAUAAUGGCAGAAAAAUACACUGGUGCUAAUAUAGCCAAGUAGCACAAGUGCAAUUAAAAAUGUUGUCUACACUUCUUUCAGGCAGGACUUCUGGAGUUUUGCAUCAGUGAUUCCUCAGUCACUAUAUAUACAACAAUGCCAUAAGCCAUUAUUUUUAGAUAGAAUGUGUUUUCAGUUGCACUUUGGCUAUGCCUAAUGCAAUCAUUUGGUCCCAGUUGCUAACUUUCAUUAACAUGCUGUGUACUUUGAUUAGUUUCAUUAGCUGCUUUCCUGUGUGUAAUUAAUUAUGCUUCUAGUUGAUUCUGCUUUAAUUCUUUGUAUAUAUAUUUUU